AAAAUGAAACCUAAGGGUGUAAAUGUAUAAAAAUUCAGGUUUGGCUGCACAACUCCAAGGCGGGAAAUUCUAUUAAGCAUUGACGAUAGCAGAAAGGGGCAAUCCAAAAACCGUUUGUUAGGAAAAUGGCUGGAGGCAGAGGGCGGACAAUAAGGGUGCUGAAUGUGGCUGAAAAGCCGUCGGUGGCCAAAGCAGUGUCGGGGAUACUAUCGAAGAACCAACCAGGUGGUAUGAGAGUACGAGACGGACGUUCCAGGUACAACAAAAUCUUCGAGUUCAACUACACCAUUCGGAACCAGCCUUGCCAGAUGCUAUUCACUUCCGUCACGGGCCAUCUUAUGGAGCUUGAGUUCGACGAUCGUUACCGGAAAUGGCACUCGUGUGACCCGGUCGACCUCUAUAAUGCCCCUGUUCGGAAAUAUGUCCCUGAGGAUAAGUUGGAUAUCAAAAGGACACUGGAGGCAGAGGCUAGAAGUUGUCAGUGGAUUAUAUUGUGGCUCGAUUGUGAUAGAGAAGGAGAAAAUAUUGCAUUUGAAGUGUUGGAUGUAUGUAGACAAGCGAAUAAUAACCUUAAUGUGUGGAGAGCUCGUUUCUCUGCCUUAAUUGACAGGGAAAUUCAUCAAUCAGUGCAGACCCUUGUUCAGCCAAAUCAGUUAUUUUCUGAUGCUGUAGAUGUUCGGCAAGAGAUAGAUCUUCGUAUAGGAGCUUCUUUCACAAGAUUUCAGACUAUGCUUCUGAGAAAUGCAUUUGUCCUUGAUGUUGCUAUGGAUGAUAGAAAUGUUGUCUUAAGCUAUGGUCCCUGCCAGUUCCCUACCCUUGGCUUUGUUGUGGAGCGAUAUUGGGAAAUACAAGCACAUGAACCUGAAGAGUUUUGGACAAUCAACUGUACUCACAACUCUGAUGAAGGCAUUGCUACCUUUAACUGGAUGCGCGGUCAUCUGUUUGAUUACUCAUGUGGAGUAAUAAUUUAUGAGAUGUGCAUCCAGGAACCCACUGCAACAGUUACCAAGGUUAAGCAGCAGGAGAAACUCAAAUACCCCCCUCAUCCUUUAAGUACAAUUGAGCUAGAAAAGCGUGCAUCCAGAUACUUCCGUAUGAGUUCUGAGCAGACAAUGAAGGUGGCAGAAGAUUUAUAUCAAAAUGGUUUUAUCAGUUAUCCUCGCACAGAAACUGAUUGCUUCUCAGAGAAGACUGACUUGUGUACAAUGGUGCAAGAACAAGGUGGUCAUCCUGUAUGGGGCUCAUAUGCACAGCGGCUACUAGACCCUGAAUUAGGACUAUGGAAAAACCCUAGUGGAGGUGGGCAUGAUGACAAAGCCCAUCCACCUAUUCAUCCAACUAAAUUUUCUGCUGGGGAAUCCAGAUGGAGCCAGGAUCACCAUAGAGUGUACGAGUUGGUUGUUCGCCAUUUUUUGGCUUGUGUUUCUCAGCCUGCUGUUGGGGCUGAAACUAUAGUUGAGAUUGAUAUUGCUGGUGAAUCCUUUUCUGCAUGUGGGAGAGUGAUACUUGCAAAAAACUACCUUGAUGUAUACCGAUUUGAAUCAUGGGGAGGUUCAGUGAUCCCCACAUACAGUUUUGGUCAACAGUUUACACCAACAACUUUGACCCUUGAUUCAGGAGUUACAAGACCUCCUCCCCUUUUAAGUGAGGCUGAUCUAUUGGGUUGUAUGGACAAGGCUGGCAUUGGAACAGAUGCAACAAUGCACGAUCAUAUAAAGAAACUACUUGAUCGAUUUUAUGCAAUUAAGGACUCGAACACUCGGUUUUCGCCAACUAAACUAGGGGAAGCACUAGUAAUGGGAUAUGAUGAUAUGGGGUAUGAACUAUGGAAACCAUAUCUCCGCGCUAUGAUGGAAUGUGAUAUGAAAGCCGUUAGCAUAGGAACCAAGAGAAAGGCUGAGGUUCUAGAAACUUGCUUGCAGCAGAUGAAAGCGUGCUUUUUAGAUGCCAGGACAAACAGAGGAAAGCUCUUUGAAGCGAUGGCUAUCUUCUUUGAAAGUUCAAACAGAUCCAGUGGUGGUGAGCUACAAGCAGUUGGAGGUGUUGUUCGGAGAUGUGGACUUUGUCUAGAGUCAGAUAUGGUGCUCAGACAAAAAUCGGAUGGGAGCUUCAUGGUUGGUUGCUUGGGUUACCCACAAUGCAGAAAUGCUGUCUGGCUACCUGGAUCUGUAUCAGAAGCUUUUGUUACUGAGAAUACGUGCACUAGCUGCAGUCCGGGACCGGUUUUCAAGAUUCAGUUUAAAUUUCGACGGCUGGAAAUACCGCCAAAUUACAGUGUUCAACAUUUAGGUUGCAUUGGUGGAUGCGAUGAUAUUCUUAGGCAGCUUGUAGAAAUUUGCGGAACUGGUUCUCGCAGUAGUUCCAACCCUUUGGGCAGAGGAAGAGGAAACCCUACAUCAUCCAGCAGUGCACAAAGAGGCAAUUCCAGAGCACAAAGUUCUUGUGCAUACUGCAGGCAAGCAGGGCAUUUGUCAAAUGAUUGUCCUUCACAAGGUUCUCGUGGUCGCACUGCUCUGUCUCAGGAAGUUGACUUGCAAAAUGGAGAACCUUCAAUUCCUUGUAAUUCAUGUGGAGCGCCUUGCAUUUUGCGCACUGCCAAUACUGCUAACAACAGGGGAAGAAAAUUCUUUUCAUGUCAAUCACAGGGGUGCAACUUUUUUGUAUGGGAAGAUAACCUCACCCGAGGAAGAGCAGAGCGUGCAAAUACUUCUGCAUCUACUAGCAGCGGAAGAGGUGGCCGUGGUCGUGGCCAGGGUGGUGCAUAUCCCAGUAGUGUGUCAUUUGUGGCGGCAACAGGUGAACCAAUAACUGGCAGAUGUUUCAUCUGCGGUGAUCCUGGUCAUUUUGCUAAUGUUUGCCCACGUCGUGGUGGAUGAAUUUCGAACUCUCUUGCAUUAAAGGUGUUUGCUGUAAAUGGGCCACUCUUAACUCCCAGAACUGUAUCUUUUUCAAUUUUUUCUUUAUGGUACAGUUAUAUCUGUGCUUGGUCAUUGCAAUGUGCCUUGCGAGGGAGAUGAUGCACUCACUCGCAUGGUCAGUUACACUAAUUGAUGAUCUCUUAAUAGGAUGUGAACAUAAUGCCUAUCUUGGGGUAUAUAGCAGUUCUGCGAUACUCUACUUUGUUCAA